AUGAGUGUAAGACAGACUCCUGUGGACCGCAUGCUGAGUGUACAUCUGAGGGAGGCUGUGUUUGCUCUCCUGGAUAUUGAUGAGUGUCAAACUUCAUACCCCUGCGGGGCAAACGCUGAGUGUGCCAACACUGUUAGUGCAUUUGACUGUUCCUGUGUGAAGGGAUACCAAGCAACAGAUCCAGAUGUACCACCUGGAAAAUCUAACCUGUGCAUAGAUGUUGAUGAGUGUUUCAACUCCACCGUGUGUGGUCCACAUUCCAUCUGCACCAACACAAUUGGAAGUUACACAUGUGCUUGCAAAGUGGGCUUCAGAGAAUCUGAUACAACCCAACCGCCAAGUGAAAUCAACAUUUGCAUUGAUAUCGAUGAGUGUUUCGAAGAUAUCAUCAUCUGUGGCCCUGAUUGCAACUGCACAAAUACAAUUGGGUCGUACAUCUGCACCUGCCACAGCGGUUACCGUCUGUAUAACAAGGCUGUCAUAGCCAGCUACCAAAACCCAUGUCAAGGGCUUCAAGAGAUUCUCAAUGAAAUUGAAGUAAAAGAGGGUCAGUCCAAAGAGAGAGCUUUCCUUGACAAUAUGGACAAAGAACUUGUUAACAGCACAACAAUGCUGCUGCCAGAUGCCACGGUGACAAAUUGCUUUGCUGCAUCUAUGGAAGUGUCAAGCGUUGGACCAGGGUCCAAGUUGGUCAAGGUGAGUAGUGAAGGAGACGGUGAGACCGGCACGGUGAUCCUGGGCAUCUCAGACCGUUUGGUUUCUGCUUUGCUGCGGCCUUCUCAGAACAUGACGAGGAAAAACUUGCACACUUUAACAGUUGAUAUGAGUCUGUAUGCUGUUCGUCCGGGCAGUGACAAUGAAAGCGAUACCCCACUCACUGCAAAAGGAAACACCAUGGAGCUCAACAUGAAGAAAAUAGCCAAAGAGAACAAUGGUUCUGCAGGAGUUGCCUUCCUGACACUUACUGGGAUGGAUAAACUUUUAAGUGAUCAAUACUUUAAAUCAGAGAAUCAAACAGAGAUGUACUCUGAUGUGAUCACUGCAACUAUACCGCAAGUAAACACCUCCACCCUCACAGAUCCAGUCAACUUCACAAUCUACCACAAGAAUUUACCUGAACGUGGAUUUAUAACUUGUGUGUACUGGGAACACAAGCCCAGGAAUGAAACAAAGGGUCAGGCAGGUGUGAGUAAAUCAGGUGGAGGAACAAUGCGUUGGGCUACGGAAGGUUGUUGGGUAGCAUACUCUGGUGAAAACUAUACCGUGUGCAGCUGCUCUCAUCUUUCUACUUUUGCCCUUAUCAUGCAGAUUGGGGAGCCUCCACUGUCAGAUCCUUUCUUAGAAUGGCUGAACAGAAUUUGUGUGAUUAUUGGACUGUUCUUCUUGGCUUUGGCUAUCCUCACGUUCGUCCUGUGCAGCUGGAAUCCCAAGAUCAACAACACAGCCCGUCUCCACCUGUGCCUCAGCCUCUUCUUUUCCCAUUUACUAAUGCUGUGGAAUGACAGAUAUGUUGAAUAUGAGCUUGCCUGCACUGUCCUGGCUGGCCUUCAGCACUUUUUAGUUAUUGCCAGUUUUGUGUGGAUGCUGCUAGAAGCUCUGCAGCUCCAUCUGCUGGUCCGAAGGCUCUCCAAAGUUCAGGUCAUCCAGAGAGACGGCCUUCCCCGACUUCUUCUCUACCUGAUUGGCUAUGGUGUUCCAUUUGUGAUUGUGGGUGUAUCUGCGCUGGUGUAUUCUGAUGGCUAUGGAGCUACUAAAGCCAAACUUAAUUGGAUGUUGUUCCUCGCUACCCUGUGGAGUUUGAGACCCACGCUGGCAAACAUGAAAAGUGAUGUUUCUCAGUCCAAAGACACCAGAUUGAUUAUAUUCAAGAUCUUGGCCCAGUUCAUCAUACUGGGUUGUACUUGGAUUCUAGGCUUCUACCAGACAAACCUUUUCUUUCAGGUCCUCUUCAUCAUCCUUAACUCUCAGCAGGGAACCUUCCUCUACAUUGUCCACUGUCUGUUCAACAAAGAGGUGGUGCCAUUUGACUACCAUGGUUUAGUACUGGCCACUAUUAAUUGCGAAACAAUUCUCACCCGUAGUCUCCAUCACCACAGUUCCGGUCGCCGCACACUGGCCCGACCCGAUGUCAACCUCGGAUAUAGCCUCCAUUAG